CGGAGGUGCGCGUCAGUCAGCCCGCGAGGGACGCGGGAGGAAAUGCGGACUGUGUAGACAUGAGCGACACUUAUCUCAGAUGUUGGAUAUUUGCUUGGAAAAACGUGUGGGUACGACCUUGGCUGCCCCGAAGUAUAGCUCCAGCGGUGUGAGGCUUGAAGGGUUGGCACAGGGGACCGAGGGGACCAUGAAAAUGGACAUGGAGGACGCGGAUAUGACUCUGUGGACAGAAGCUGAGUUUGAAGAGAAAUGUACAUAUAUUGUAAAUGACCAUCCCUGCGAUUCUGGUGCGGACGGAGGGACUUCACUUCAGGCGGAGGCAUCUUUACCAAGGAAUCUGCUUUUCAAAUAUAAUGCCAACAGCAAAGAGGUUAUUGGAGUAGUGAGUAAAGAAUACAUACCAAAGGGAACACGUUUUGGACCUCUAGUAGGCGAAAUCUAUACCAACGAUACAGUUCCCAAGAACGCCAGCAGGAAAUACUUCUGGCGGAUCUAUUCCAGAGGGGAACUUCACCACUUCAUCGAUGGCUUUAAUGAGGAGAAAAGCAACUGGAUGCGAUACGUGAAUCCUGCACACUCUGCCCGGGAGCAAAACCUGGCUGCGUGUCAGAACGGGAUGAACAUCUACUUCUACACCAUUAAGCCCAUCCCUGCCAACCAGGAGCUUCUUGUGUGGUAUUGUCGGGACUUUGCAGAAAGGCUUCACUACCCUUAUCCCGGAGAGCUGACAAUGAUGAAUCUCACACAAACGCAGAGCAAUCCAAAGCAGCAGAGCACUGAGAAAAACGAGCUUUGUCCAAAGACUGUCCCAAAGAGAGAGUACAGCGUGAAAGAAAUCCUGAAGUUGGACUCCAAUCCUUCCAAAGGAAAGGACUUGUACCGUUCGAACAUUUCACCUAUCACUUCAGAAAAAGACAUGGAUGACUUCAGAAAAAAUGGGAGCCCCGAAAUGCCCUUCUACCCCCGGGUUGUUUACCCCAUCCGGGCCCCACUACCGGAAGACUUCUUGAAAGCUUCCCUGGCCUAUGGGAUGGAGAGGCCGACUUACAUGACUCACUCCCCCAUUCCAUCCUCGACAACACCAAGCCCCUCAGCAAGAAGCAGCCCAGACCAAAGCCUCAAAAGCUCCAGCCCUCACAGCAGCCCAGGGAACACGGUGUCACCUCUGGCUCCUAGCUCUCAAGAACACCGGGACUCUUACACCUACUUGAACGGGCCCUAUGGCACCGAAGGUUUGGGCUCUUACCCCAGCUAUGCGCCUCCUCACCACCUCCCCCCAGCCUUCAUUCCCUCCUACAAUGCGCACUACCCCAAGUUCCUUCUGCCCCCCUAUGGCAUGAACUGUAAUGGCCUUAGCUCCAUGGGCAACAUCAAUGGCAUCAACAACUUUGGCCUCUUCCCAAGGCUGUACCCCGUGUACAGUAACCUCCUGGGUGGGGGCAACCUGCCUCACCCCAUGCUCAAUCCAGCCUCUCUCCCGAGCUCCCUGCCCUCCGAGGGAGCCCGGAGGUUGCUUCAGCCUGAACAUCCCAGAGAGGUGCUUGUCCCCGCACCCCAUAGUGCCUUCUCUCUCACUGGGGCUGCAGCUAGCAUGAAGGACAAGGUGUGCAGCCCCACGAGUGGGUCCCCGACUGCGGGCACAGCCGCCACGUCAGAACACGUGGUGCAACCCAAAGCUACCUCAGCAGCGAUGGCAGCCCCCAACAGCGAUGAAGCCAUGAAUCUCAUUAAAAACAAAAGGAACAUGACUGGUUACAAGACACUCCCCUACCCCCUGAAGAAGCAGAAUGGCAAGAUUAAAUAUGAAUGCAAUGUUUGCUCCAAGACUUUUGGCCAGCUCUCGAAUCUCAAGGUCCACCUCAGAGUGCACAGUGGAGAACGGCCUUUCAAAUGUCAGACUUGCAACAAGGGCUUCACUCAGCUCGCCCACCUGCAGAAACACUACCUGGUACACACAGGAGAAAAGCCACAUGAAUGCCAGGUUUGCCACAAGCGAUUUAGCAGCACCAGCAAUCUCAAGACCCACCUGCGACUCCACUCUGGAGAGAAGCCUUACCAGUGCAAGGUGUGCCCUGCCAAGUUCACCCAGUUUGUGCACCUGAAACUCCACAAGCGCCUACAUACCCGAGAACGGCCCCACAAGUGCGCCCAUUGCCACAAGAGCUACAUCCAUCUCUGCAGCCUCAAGGUCCACCUGAAGGGGAACUGCCCCGUGGCUCCGUCCACCGGGCUGCCUUUGGAGGACCUGACCCGGAUCAAUGAGGAAAUCGAGAAGUUUGACAUCAGCGACAACGCUGACCGGUUGGAGGACAUGGAGGACAACCUUGAUGUGACCUCUGUGGUGGAGAAGGAAAUUCUGGCUGUGGUCAGAAAAGAGAAAGAAGAAACUGGCCUGAAAGUGUCUUUGCAAAGAAACAUGGGGAAUGGACUCCUCUCAGGGUGUAGCCUUUAUGAGUCAUCAGACCCGUCCCUCAUCAAGUUGCCUCACAGCAACCCACUACCUCUGGUACCUGUAAAGGUCAAACAAGAAACAGUCGAACCGAUGGAUCCUUAAGAUUUUCAGAAAACAAAGUGUUUUGUUUCUUAACUUACGACUUGGCAAGGCCCGGGGCCUGCAGCAGUUGUUUGUACAUACUUCCCGUGCUGCAGAGAUCUGCCAGCAAAUGGCUUCCCCUCACCUCUCUGGAAUGAAAGAAGGAACUCCAAAGUUACUGAAAUCUCAGGGCAUAAAUAUGACAAAGACAAUAUAUAUAUACAUAUUAUAUAUACUUAUUUACACCCCAUCUAUAUAUUUGAACCUGUGUAUUUUGAAUAUUUGUGUGAAUAUGUUUGCAUAGCCUUUCCUUUACUAAGACUAUUGCCUAGUCAUAAUUAUUUUUUCAAUGGUAAUCCUUCAUAAUUUAUUAUACAAUUUAUCAUUCAAAAAGCAAUAAUUAAAAAAGUUUACAAUGACUGGAAAAAUUUCUUCUAAUUUGAAUUUAAAUGUUAUAUUUGUUUUGUAGCCAUUCUUUAUAGAUAAUUUCUGCACAUCUGUCUCAGUACCAAAAACUUAACUAAGAUUUAGUGAGCAAAUAUAUUACUUAAGUCGACCUCCCUCUAUAAUAAGGUUUUGAAAAUGAGGUUUUGAUAUUGCCAAAGUCGGACAGUUGAUGUGUUAAUUCAUAGGAUCUAUCGUUAUCACUUGGACAGCAUUGUAUGGCUUAGGGGUAUGUGUGCAGAAUUACCCAAUAAUAACUUCUUUAGGAGAUAAGAGAAAUCUUGUCUGUUGCUGUAGAUAGUUCAGAUUUCCCCCCCAGCCACCAGCUUACCAGAGAG